AAAGAUAUCUUGGUCAAAUUCUCUCUAGUACUCAAAUUAUGGCCGCUGCUUUGGGCAUGUUGAAGCUCUCUCUUCUCUUGAACCUCCUCUCAAAUGCAAACCUGAAUCUCUGGCCCAAGAAUGUUGGGAUAUUCCCACCCACUUGUAGUCACAUAGAGUGCCCAGACUAUCAAGUGAUUCAUGCUGGUGAUGGUUUUGAAAUUCGCAGCUAUAAUUCUUCUGUGUGGAUGUCAACGGCUCCACUCCCAGAUAUUUCUCUAGUUGAAGCAACCAGAACUGGUUUCCUACUGCUCUUUGACUACAUUCAAGGGAACAACAAGUAUGAGGAAAAGAUAGAGAUGACAGGUCCAGUGAUUACUGAAAUUUCACCAAGCGAUGGACCCUUCUGUGAAUCCUCAUUUACUGUUAGCUUUUAUGUCCCAAAAGCAAACCAGGCAAACCCACCUCCAGCAGUGGGUCUCCAUAUCCAAGAGUGGAAACCCACAUAUGUAGCAGUAAGACAAUUCGGUGGGUUUGUAUCGAAUUUCAAUGUUGGUGAGGAAGCUGCUGCCUUACAAGCUAGUAUUGUUGACACUGUUUGGUCUGCUGCUAUCGAGAGAAGCCAUGGUGCUGAUUCCGCGACUUCUUAUGUUGUUGCACAAUACAACUCUCCUUUUGAAUUCGAUAAUCGCGUCAAUGAGAUAUGGAUUCCUUUUGAUAUAGAGAAUGGGUUGGUCAUGUGAGGAGGAGAUGGAAGAAAUUGACUGCAUAAGAAUGCUAGUGCUGAUGUAUUUCCUAGUUUCCUAUUUGAUCGUCGGAUAGUUCUAAUAGUAAGGUUGAAUAAAACAUGUCUAUUUGUAUUAAUACUAAAGUGAAAUUGCUUCCA